AUGACAGGCAACGCUCCAAAGCCGAUUCCGAAACUUCGCAAGUCAUCCAGCAAAAAGACACUGGAAGCGGCCACCUCUAGGGCGGGAUCAUUCCGUGCUCAUGAAGCAGCAGCAAAGACAGCAGCCAGAAGACGUCUAGCUGCCGCCACUUCGGCGCGCUAUACCUCACGCAUGAAGGAAGCCGUUGCUUGGGCCAGGACAUACGCAAGUAAUGAGGAGAAGGAGGAAGCCGCACGUUGUCAAUUUGCCGAGCUUUCAGGAUUUCCUGAUGAUGAAACCGGCGACAAACCUCCAGACGAGAUUACAACUCCCAUGGACCCCGAAUUUUAUGCCUUUGACGGAGCACCCAAAGAAUGUACCCCAAAGGCAAUAGCCAUGUUCCUGUGGCACAAGUGCUUCGAAGCUGGUUGUAAACCUGGUACAGCUGACCAGGUGUAUUCGGCCAUCAAAAAGCAUUAUGACCUUCUUGACGGCGAUAAAUACCGCUCAGGUGUUUGGCGUUUCGACGAGUCCACGAAGCAAUGGCUAGGAAACUAG